CGGGCCACCGGGGAGGGUCCGGGUCCUCGUCCGCCUGGCGACCUCGCGGAAAGGUUGCUCUGGUUACUCCCGUUUUGCAGCCGAGAAAACCGUCUCAGAGACUGGCAGUAACUCGCCCAAGGUCACAAAGCCAGAGAGGCCUGUCCUCUGUGAGUCUGUGUCGCUACGAGGGAGUCACCUCUCUUACCUCCUCUUCCAUUCAAGGGAAAAGGCCCUGCUUAAUGACAAUGAUCACAAUGAACCUACUUCCAAAAGGUCACAUUCACAGGCUCACUGUGCAGCCCAGGGUGCUGAGUGUAGACACCCACAGCAGGGCCUGAAGUGUGGCGGAGAAGAAAAGGCCUGAAGGAAGAGCCCCUGAGACCUGCCCCUCCCCCAGCGGCUCCAGGCAGGAAGUCCACGCAGUGCUCAGGCCGAGCCCUCGAACUUCACAUCCCAGCUCCAGGCUCCACGCUCCACUCAGCAGGGUAACAGCAAAACGAGUUGAGAUUGGAUCACUGCAGCAGCCCAUUCUCUAGCUCUUUGUGACGACAGCACAGGCAUAGACCUCUUCCAGACCCAUUGAAGACGCAGGUCAUUGAAGGCUUGCUUUGAGGGGUAUGGAGUGAUCCCUGGACUGCCAAAGUAUUGAAAGCAGUCACAUUUUGGAUCAUGUACCUACAGUGGCAGUACACGAAAAAAGGUUAUUAAGCGUACACCAGGAAUUGGCCGCUGCUUUUCCACCAGUCACAAAAUGUGUUGAAAGAUGCCUCGAAAGGAUUUAGCAUGUAAAUCUUUCUGAAUUUGUCAGCUGUUUUUAGAAAUGCAGAUAAAGAAAAUGAAGGAUAUCAGAGAACAGCUGUAUACUGCACAAAUGAAUGGUGGACACAGCUCCUUGACCAUGUCGCCCAAACAGCCUAAUUCUAGUAGAGCAACUCGGCCAGAUAGACAAGAAGCACAAACCCUCUUGUACCAAGGCUCAGAGGCAGAGGCUGCCUUGAUGACCAUUGCCACAUGUGUGAAGUGCAAAAGUGUUCACAAAAUCCCUCUUCAGGAUUUGAAGAAAGAUACUGGACAAAGCCAAAAGGAAGACAAAUAUGUCUGUCUCAAUUGCAGCAUUCAUGUGUCUCCUCCUCGUUUUCAUUUUGUGAACAAUAAUCCCAGUGCCACCCAUGUUGGAAAUAAUACGGAAACUAUCUCAAGUCCUGUCAACAAAUUUAAGGUAAGGAACUUUAAGCCAGGCAAAUAUUAUUGUGAUAAAUGUCGGUUUUCUACAAAAGACCCACUGCAGUACAAAAAGCACACACUUCAACAUGAAGAGAUUAAAUUCAUUUGUUCUCACUGCAGCUACAUUUCGUACACAAAAGGAGAGUUUCAGAGGCAUCUGGUGAAGCAUACAGGCAUAUUCCCUUAUCAGUGUGAGUACUGUGACUAUGGUGCUAUUAGAAAUGAUUACAUUGUGAAGCAUCGGAAAAGAGUCCACGAGAGGGCCGGGGCUAAACGGCCACUCAAGACUGUUGGUAAGCUAGAGCCGAAAAGAAUCAGCAUUUCAAGACAAAACACAGAGCUUUUGAAGGCUCCCAGUCCAAGGACUAUGGUUCAAAAUAAGUUGUCCGAUCAGCUUUCAAGGUUCUCUCUCCAAGCAAAUAAAGACAAAAUGCACAGCAUCAUGCUGUUACCUGAAUCAAAAGAACACCAAAAAGAUGUAGUGUGCGUUCCAAACAAAAUGACCCUACCUGAGCCUAACGAGGCCGGUCUGUUUGGGAACAAAAGCGUUGAGGUAGAAGUGUUGUCCCCUUCAAAGGAACCUGUUCAGCCAGGUGUGCCGUUGACAGUGGUGGCCCCGUCAGAGCUUGUUGUUCCUGCAAACUGCUUAGCCCAGUUGAUAGACGUGAAGGUUGUCAACGGCACACAGCAGCUUGUUCUGAAAUUGUUUCCACUGGAAGAAAAUAAUCGCCUUGAAGCUGACAGGGGUAAGGGAUGUAACUCUGAGCAUACAACUAAAGAGAGGCAUUCAAAUGAACAAGAAAAAAUACUUGGUGCCGAAAAAACAAAUUCGCUAACAAUUGAAGGGAAUGUUGGGAAACUUUUAGGCAUUGACAGUCUUCAAUCUUCAGUUCAGAAGCAACUUAAAAAUGUGAAAUGGGUAAAGUCUUACGAUUUUUUCAUGUCAAACUCUAGUGUUCACAACUAUAGAGAAUCCUUUUUUAAUUCUGAUAUGGUUGAGGACUUGCAGAGGAGAAACAGUUUGUAUGCACAUAGAACCGCCCUUCCUUCUCUUGCCUUAAAAACCCACUCUCCGUCAUCUGUAGUAAGAAACAGUGUUUUCUGUGGUCUUGGACCUGCAUCAAACCCUUUUCCAUAUAAAGCUGCUGCUGCUUUCACUGAAGAUGGAAGAAAUUUACGCAGUGACUCGCAGCAGUCAUUUCCUCUUGCUGCGUGGCCUGCAGCUCUUUCCUUUUCUGGAGAAAGGGGUGUAUUGCCCUUAAGUGAAAAUGACUUGGAACCUCGAAGUAAUAUUAGUAUUCCUGUAAAAAUGGUUUCCUCUAAUAGAAAGCUGGAAGACAACCAGACAAAGCAAAGCAAGGUAAUUUCAAAUGUCAGUCAGAUUUCCUCUCCACAUAAAAGUGAGUAUUUACACAUAAAUAUAACUGGAGAAGAAAGAGUUAAGUCUCACCAAACCAGGGAAAAGCCUGUAGAGUUGGAUUCUGAAAGGACUAAGGACACUUUCGAUGGCCCAGUCAUCUCAUCAGUAUUUUCUCUGAGCUCUGGAUCUGAAAAUGUGCCAGAGAGUAUUAAGUGGAAUAGUUCAACAUCCAAAAUAAAGUCAAUUGAGCUCUUGCGCAGGAAGAUAGCUCAGUUAAUUGAGUCCUGUGGCAAGCCUUCCUCUUUGUCUGCAAAUGGCACACACCGUCGUUCUGUGGGGCAGGCAUCCAAGGUAAGUGCAAAAGCAGCUUCUGAGUGUAUUGAAGAACUUAAUGUGUCGCUUACUGGCCCUGGACCUUCCACAGGUCCUCUCCAGAAACCUCAGAAUGAAGUUGCUAUUAUUGGCAGUGGACAGAUUACACAGCCGGAGAUCUAUCCACAGUUCACCAGCAGCGUCAAUGCUCGGAGAACUGAAAGCAGAGGGACCAGAAAGGCACCCAUGGCUACUCCAGUGCUGAUCCCCAAGGGGGCUGUGUUAAGGGUUCUCAACUCCUCAGAGGACGCUCACAUCAUAGAGGCCACCUGCGAUGCACCUGUCACCAUUCCUUGCAGUGAAGCUCAUUUACCAAAACCAGUUCCAGUCCGUCCUGUGAAACAAUCAGACUCAGUCUUGCAGCCUUUGAUGAGUGAAAGUGACCCAAUAGACAUGUCCUGGAGCCUCGAGACAUCUCUUCGGCCGAAACUUAGAAAAGAGGAUGCCAUCUGUACUACCACUCCUAAGAAAACAGGUACCAUGCAUGGGCAGCAUGGGAGGCUGCUCUCCAGAAGUCUUCCUGGGAGCAGGAGUAAAAGCAAGCAAGUAAGCUCAUCCAAGAAGAAGAGCAAGAUUCAGGCUGAGUCCAGCCGCUGCCUCAAGGAUCCUUCCAUUUUUCAGGUUGCAAGACAGCUUCGACUGGUAGCAGUUAAACCGGACCAGUUGAUUAAAUGCCCCCGACGGAACCAGCCUGUCAUUGUGCUGAAUCAUCCCGAUGUUGACUCACCAGAAGUGACCAAUGUGAUGAAGGUAAUCAACAAGUACAAAGGCAAUGUCCUGAAAGUGGUUUUGUCCGAGAGGACUAGGUGUCAGCUGGGCAUUCGCCGGCAUCACCUACGACUCACCUACCAGAACACAGAGGAAGCUAGCCAGAUUAAGAGGCAAAUGAUGUUGAAGAUGAAACUGAAAAAAGUUCAUAAAAACAACUACCAAGUGGUGGAUUCCUUGCCUGAUGACUCGUCACAGUGCAUCUUUAAGUGCUGGUUUUGUGGGCGUCUAUAUGAAGACCAGGAAGAGUGGAUGAGUCACGGCCAGCGGCAUUUGAUAGAGGCAACUAGAGACUGGGAUGUUCUUUAUUCCAAGGGCAAAUGAGUAAAAAUUUGGCAUUUGAAGCAAGUUGUUUUUUCAUUUGAUUUGAGGUUUCCCCCUCCCAGAUUCAGUAGGAGAAACCCAGACUAGAGGAAUGAGGAUUGUUAUUCUUCAGAACCCCUGUAGGAAUGUCGAGAGCCCUUAGUCUGAGCUCAGGGCUGGACCUUAGGAGAUAUUAGAAGGCCCUGGAAUUGUCCACACAAGUGGAUGCAGUUCUCUAGAGAAAGGAUGUAAAAUUCCCAGCAGAUUUUCAGUGGGAUUGGAGACCUUUCUUUGUUUAGUGCCCGUAUUUCUGAGUAGAUAUGAACCUUUCAUCAUUCAUGCAGAGGUGCAAGUUUCGAGUGCUUUACACAUGCUCCUCUUAGAAAUGCUACUGAAGAAUGAAGCCUACGUUUUGGUGUGCACAUACACUUUGUUUUCGCUUUAACUCCUCUCCAGAAUAUUUGUUACAUAGCAGAAAUUACAUUUUCUACAUCAUUAGUUAUCUUAAAUUUGGUUAUUGAAAAAAUGGCCAUUCUUUAACCCCUCGGCAUUCUGUGAUACUCAUUUUCUAUGUAGCACUGAGUUUUCCUUUUGUUGGCUGUUUAAAGGAAUGAUUCCAAGGAUUUGCCUGCAUUUACUACUUAAACAACUGUUUUAAAAAAAUUUUUCAAGUAUUUUGCUUUUCCUUUUUUUUAAAAAAAAGUCUUGACUUGUAAGAAUUGGGUAGGGAAUGUGCCUUUAAAAAAAAAGUUACGGGGGAAAAUAUUGAAAAGAAAGUCUCCUCUUUGCCUAUAGCAUUCCCACAGCCUACUUUUAAUGGCCAGUUUAAAAUGUAAAGGAAGAGGUUUCCUACAACACAGACAGACCCUGGGGAAGACAGCUGAAGGUAGGCUUGUAAAGCGGGCUAUGAGAAGAGUCUGGCAGGACUUGCUUUUCACCUAGGGACUGGUCCAAGAAUGAGAGGCUGCCUGUUCUGCAUCGCUAGGGAUCGCAAGGGCUGCUCCGCAGGCCAGCCCCUUCUCCACUUCCCCUGCUUUCUGAACAGGCGCUACUGUGGAAUAGGACAGCUUCCCCAUCUCCUCUCAAUCCUUUCCUUCUGUGCCUUUGAGGCGUGGGGAAGACCUUCCCUCAUACUAAUACUGGAAACGGGAGAAAUCAACAGAAUAGAUAGGAAUCCCCCACUGUCUUUGCAAAAACUGUAGCAGACAUAACCCCUGGUUUUCAUUGUCAGUGCUGGCCUGCUGGUGAUGUAGCUUAACCACACUUCCCUAGUGCUCAUCUUUCCACUCCCCUCUCUACCCACAGCCAGUAGGACUCUUAACAACCUGCAAAGCACCUGAGUGUACGUGGGCAGGUGACAGCUUGGUGGACAGCUCCAACCUGAAUUUUAGCCUUCACUGGCCUAGGCAGCUGGGCACUGACCAUCAAGUAGCAGUAGAGAGGACUGAGUCACAGGGUAGCUUCCCCAGGCCUCCAGAGCUUCCUGAGGUGCUCACUGAUCCAGUGAAGGGGGAGGGACUGACCCCUGAAAGGACACCAGUGAUUUCUAACGGGUUUGGCAAUUAGGUGGAGACUUCAUGUUCUUUGUUUUGUUUUUCACAUGCGGAAGUCUUAGAUUAUCCUCUGAUGGAUGGGAUUACACUCCUUUAAAGUUUGUUCUCACAAAUACUCAAAUUUCUUCAGUAUGAGAUCUUUAAGUUGAUUGAUUUUAUUAAAAUUUAAAACUUACAUUUUUAUAUAUGUGUAUGUACACAUAUAAGUAUUUUUUACCACAUGAAAAUUACAAAAGCUAAUUUUCUGGUUUCCUAUUUUAUAAUACGUGGGUUGGGAAAAUGUAUACAACAUUUUUAUAUUCCAGAAAUAAUUUAUUUUGGAAGUACAUUUUUAUAAUGGUUUGAUCUCAUUUUUAGAUAAUGAAAGCACAGUAAGUGAUGGAGUCUCAUUUUUAUGAACAAACAGGAGUAGAAACCCCUGCGGAUCAUUUUAUUACAUAAUUUGGUUCAUAAUUUGGUUUUGUGCAUUUUUAUUUGGUGCUUUGUGGCUGUUAGGUGUUGUAACACUUCACUACAUGACGAAGAGCAUUCUGAAGUUUUAUCCGUGCUACAGACUUGUGCCCUCCUGCAUGAAAGAGUUCUAAGAUACAAAGAGGAGAAGAAAAGCCUGUGACUUAUUUUAUUCUCCUAUACCUCACCUCUUAGCAGCUUUUUCUCGAAUGGCUGGGCUGAGAGCUGGCCCGGUCAGAGUAUUUAGCAUCAGCUUGAAAUAUUUACGAUUCACAGUAUCAGCUGUUGUUCAAGUAUUACCUAAAACACAUUUUUAAGUACUUACGUGGAAUUGAAUUUUGUGAGUAGAAUAUGUAGCAAAGGUUUCCGGGAUUUUCAGGACUGUAAUACUUUUUAAGCAGUUAAAAGGUAUUCUAGGAGUCAUAAAAAUGGGAAAGCAGAAGUGGCUGUCUUCCCCAAAUAAAGAGCUUUAGAAAGUAGCUUGUUAACAUGUAGGUAAUGUCAUGAAGUGGACACAUUUCUUAACAAAAUUGGAGGGAGUAGGGGCAGAAUUCAGUUGAGUACUUGUGUACUCUGACGUUAAUUUUGAAGGAUCUUUGGUCACUACAUGUUAGUAGUACUAAUAAAAUUAUUUUUUUUUAAAGUAGGUUUUACUUUUGGGGGCCAGAAAUGAAACAACCUUGUUAUAUUUAUGAUAUAGGCAAGUAAAACUUUGUAAAAACCUACUGACUAAGUGUACUCAAUAGAUUAUAUUUUAUUCAAAUUUUUAUCCCCAGUCCAAAAUAUUUUGUGAGCCCCUCCUGUGGGCCAGGCGCUGUUUGAUGAACUAAACUAAACACAAUGUAUUAACCCUCAAAAGCUCCAGCCCCCUCUCUUUAGGACUUUUUCUUAUAAGCCAUCCCAGAAAAUGAAGUUGUGAUGCUGCUCAGCCUAUGGGAAAACUUUUGAAUCUGUGAAUGUCUAUAUGAGCAGAAAACAAAACUUUGUAUAACAUGUUAAGCAUUAUUAUAAUUCCUGUGUUAACAGUCUGCGUCUGCUGCUCUGGUUUUGAAACACGUUUGGAUAUAGAUAUAGGAGUUAGAGUAAAUUUUGUCAAAUAAAGUAACUAUAAGAUUU